AUGACAGAUGUACAACUUUCAACACAGUUGAAAAGUUUAGUAAUGAACGAGCAGAAAACGAAGAAAAGAAAAGUUGCUGGAAAUUUUCAAGUGGUUCUAGGAAUGAUCACACAGCAUAAUGUUUUGGUAAUAUUUUUCAAAAACUUUUAUGAAUUUUAAAACAAUUUGUUACAGCAAUUGAAAAAAUUGAACGAGGCUGUAUUUCCAAUAACCUAUAAUGACAAAUUCUACACAGAGGUUGGUUUUUAUUCAUUAAUUUUUCUCAUAAAUUCAUUUUUUCAAUAUUAAGGUAAAAUCUGCUGGUGAGCUAGCAAAACUCGCAUAUUUCAAUGAUGUGGUUGUUGGAGCUGUUUGUUGUCGAUAUGAUGUGAUUCUAGAUGAAAGGGCGUUGUAUAUAAUGACACUUGGGACAUUAGCCGCAUAUAGACAGUGAGGUUUUAUUGAUUUUUUGUGUUAGAAUAGAGAAUUAUGGAAAUUUUAAUGCAUUUCUUAUGUAUUGACCAAAACAAAUGCCUGAAAUCAGUUGAACAAGAUUAUUUUCUAGAUUUGGAGUUGGCACAGUAAUGAUCAAUCACGUCUUCAAACUUUGCGAAAAUGAUCAAACUAUAAAAAUUCUCUGCUUACAUGUUCAGGUAAUAUUUUUGCUUCUAAACAAUCACAUUUUUUUUAUUUUUAGAUAAACAACGAAACAGCUUUGAACUUUUACAAAAAACAUGGCUUUGAACAAAAAGAAAUAGUUCAUGAUUAUUAUCGAAUUACACCAAGUGACGCUUAUUUGUUGGUGAAACGAAUUCGUGAAUGA